AUGUCGAGAGACAACCGCCAGAACGUGAAAUGGGUGGAGGGUGUACGCGGGGUCGCGUCGUUUCUAGUCGUUGUCACCCAUCUUUCAAGAGCCUGGGACUACCCGUUAUUCUGGCCGAGCGAUAGGGAAGGCGUGCCUCCUAGGUUACUCCAGCUACCCAUUUUGCGCCUACCAUGGCAAGGCCGCAUAGGAGUCAUGAUGUUCGCGUUCCUCACGGGUUAUGUGUGCGCGAUCAAGCCACUCCGCCAAAUCAAGUCCGGCAACACCUCAGGCGCUUUGACCACCAUCGCGAAAUCUGCGUUCCGGCGACCACCGCGGUUGGUCAUGCCCGCCACCAUUGCCCUCAUUAUUGCCUGGAUCGUGGCGCAACUGGAUGGUUUUGGAAUUGCUACGAGAUGUGACUCGGAUUGGCUGAGAGGCACCAGUGUGAAGCUGGACGGCGGCCUUGACGUCGAGAUUCCCCGGUUGUUCUACGAAUUCCAGAAGUCUUGGAUCACCGGCAUGCCCGCAUACGAUGAGCAUCAGUGGGCUCUGCUGCCGUUGCUGAAAGGGGCUUUCCUCGUCUAUGCUGUACUCUUCGCGACUUGCUUUAUGAAGACCCGCAUGCGCAUCUUCACAGUUUUUGUUCUGUGGGCGUGGUACUGGUGUAGUCCUCAGCUGAAGACCGAAAGCUUUGAAUGCAUGUUCCUCUGGGGCGUCCUGCUCAACGACAUCGGCGGCGAACCGGACUUCCGUGAAUGGGUUAACAGCCGUCCAAAGAUCCGACGAGCGGUCCAGUCAUUCCUAAUCAUCCUAGGACUCUACGUUGGCAGCUUUCCGGAAGGGCACGCCCAAUGGGCCGCAUGGUCUCGACAGCUCGACAGCCUGAACCCCUACCUCUUCCCCAUGGGGGCCGAUCCUACCAAGCGAUGGUCUUCGAUUGCAUUCCACCUGAUCGUCAUCGGAUUCUGGCUCUCCCCAUCCCUCCAAACGAUAUUCUCCAACAAGCUCUUCAUGUGGCUCGGUCGCAACAGUUUCGCGGUCUAUCUUACCCAUGGGACUCUGCUUCGAGUCGUUCUUGUCCGCUUCAUCUACGGGUUUUCUUCCGCCCCCUUUUCGGUGGAGCGUCCUGAGAAGGGAGAUCCGAUUUUCCACUGGAUCCCGCGGAGUCAGAACUGGUUCGUCUGGGCCGUUGCGAUUCCGGUCUGGUUCGCCAUUUUGUACACGGUAGCCCACCUCUGGACCACGUACGUCGACAGCUGGUGCGCGAAGGCAACAAAGUGGAUCGAGGAGACCAUGUUCGAGCAGGAGGAGAACGAGAAGCUCGGAGUGGCACAGCUUGCAUGA